GUCCAAUUGUGAGCUUUCUCAUGACAAAAUUCUGCUACAGGAAAAUAGCCUUGUGUGGAUCAGUUCUUGUAACAGUAGGACUUCUGGGCAUGCCAUUUCUUCCAUACAUUCCUACAAUGUGUCUCUUCUUUGGCGUACUCACAGGAUUUGGAAACUGCUGCACUUACAUCCCCUCUCACGUCCUGAGCGGACUGUACUACAACAAGUACCGCAGCAUAGCCACCGGCAUCUCCACCAGUGGCUCUGGCCUCGGCGCUGCCAUCAUGCCAGUGCUUGUUGGCUUCCUCAUCGACGUCUACAGCUGGAAGGGAUCUAUCAUCUUUGUAGCUGGUCUCAACCUGCAUUUGUUUAUUUUUGCUUCUUUGCUGCGAUAUCCGUCUGGUGACUUUUUUCAAGAGCUACACCGGCGUGAGUACAGGGCAAAAGAAAUCAUCGUGGGAAACCAGGAUGAAACAAAGUGCCUCGUAACUCCAAAGAAAACACGAAAUGAAAAAGCAACAUUAAUCGCCUCAAAUCCAGAAAAUGACAGCCCGAUUAUUAAUAAAGUUGGACUUAAAGACAGACCAAAGAGUUUUACAAACAAUGCUAAUUGUGAACUUGAUGCCAAUUACGAUAAUUUUGGAGUGAAUUUAGAAGAGCUGGACUUCAUUGACAAGUUGAGUUUGAGAACUAACAAAAAUUCUAUAGAUAAUUUUUCGGAGCGUCUUAUUACGUCUCAUGGUCCAAUGAUGAUAAGUAUACAAGACGCGGAUGAAGAGGCUCCAGAACCAGAUAUCCCAGACGGUCCCCAAACUCACAGUGUUGUCGUGCUCGAUGAAGACGGUGCGAAAACCUAUGACGUGAAGCUGCGACAGAAAAAGCCAAAUCUACAAGUGAGACAUAAACACGUCAACGAUAAGAUUUCGCAGGAAAAACAGAGGAUCAGUUUUCUUGAUGUUUUGCAUCAAAACUCACUGUCCUCACAUUCACUAUUUGCGGUCGGUUCUAGAGGAUCACAUGUUAUUUUAAUCGACACUUUCCAGCAACUCUGUGAUCUUCAGCGUUCAUUGUCUGUCAAAGAAGAUGAUAUCGUGUCAAUUAUACCGCUUUCUUCAAGACAUUUCUACAUUUUCACUAACUACGAAUUUGAUAUCUAUUUUUUGAGCAACAUUAUGUGGAAUGCUGGCUAUGCUAUUAUUCAAUCAUUUGCCCCGGAAUUUCUUCAAGACAAAGGACUCACUCUUAUGGAGGCUGCGUGGUUAAGUGGGUGUUUUGGAUUCGCUAGUUUCGUGGGCGGAAUAUUCGGUGGGGCUAUUGGAAAUGUAGAAAAAAUGAACCGGCAAGGAAUAUAUACGAUGGCGACCAUAACCAUGGGCGUCGCCACGGUUGUUUUCCCUAUGUACAAACAGUUUAUUAUUUACAUAGCAUUGCUUAUCAUUAGUGGCCUUGCAUUCGGCGUCAUACUAGGCCUUCUGAUAGUGGUUCUUACUGAUCUAGUGGGUGUCGAAAGCCUGGGCAAUGGACUUGGAUAUCUAAUGCUGUCUAAUGGUUUAGGAACAUUCGUUGGACCUCCAGUAGCAAGUUUGUUGAAAGAAGUCACCGGAGGAUUUGAAAUGGGCAUACAGCUAGCAGGAGCUCUGUGUAUCCUGGGGGGUCUGAUCAUGUUGUUGAUGCCAUGUCGACGUUACUGUCUGACCAGGUGCUUGACCGUACCAGAGAAGCAACAGAACUUUAAAAUGGCUGUGCUCUAA